AUGUAUGUCCCAGCUGAAACUAAUGGAUCUUCAUCACCAACGUCUAGGGCAAAUGCACCAUUUCAAAUUAUCAACAUGGCAAAUCUGGUUUUGGAUGUUGCCCCUCUAUCCAUGGUGCAUCCCCCUCCCCAGAAGAAAGCUACACCUUCUGUGUCAAAAAUUGUCAAGACUUCUUGUAAGUCUUCCGAACCUAUAAUCCGUAGUAAAGAUAAAAAUGUUGUUGAGGAAGAAUCUAGGUUUCAAGGUUCUGAUUUAAGAAACCCUAGUAUGCAUGAUGACGACUCUGAAAAUCCCAUGGAAGUAGAAAGAAGUGCAACUGAUAAAGAACUUAGGAAGUUUGUUGCAUUUGUGUUAAAGGAAGUAAACUCAUAUGUUUUGCCAGAUGUUCAAACAUCUUUGGAAAAAGAUCCAAGCCCUGACAAUGUCUCUAGUGGAAAAACUGAGGAAAGUGUUCCUGAACAUGCUACUCGUGAGAGAAGAAGUAAAAAGAAAGUUGAGCUUGUUGUCAAUGUUGAAGAACUUACUUCUGAUGAAGAACCCCUUACAAACACAGUUACCCCUGGUAUUGCCAAGAGACUGCAGAAAUGCAAAGAAAAGACUGUUGUUUUUGAAGAUUCUCCCUCCAGAGAAGUGAAUAGAAAAGGUGAUAGUUUGAAAGGUACUCCUUCUAGAAGCUCCAUAGGAAAAUCUCAUAUUGGACCCACUAGGUCAUGGAGUAAAGUUGUUACCCCUACUAGAAAGAGGGAAGUUAUCUCUUCUAGUAAAUUCGAGUUUGAUGUUGAACAGGAUGUCCAGGACAUCACCCCUAUAAAAAGAUUUGCUAACAAGAAACCUCAUGAUGCUAGGUUGAAAACUCCAUUGGACAAUGCUUCUUUACAUUAUGUAAAGAAUUCAGAAAGGUGGAAGUAUGUCAUUCAAAGGAGGGUAGCCCUAGAAAGGGAAUUGGGAAAGGAUGUCCUUAAGUGUAAGGAGGUCUGUUAG